CUGGCGGUGGCGCGGCUGCUUCUGCACUGGCUGUUGAGAGUUUCCUUCAGAGGAGUUUGGAGGCGGCCAGAGAGCUGCAGGUUUCUGGACGUUUCUCCCAGUCCCUGCCGAGCGAGGCGGCCAUGGGGUUGCCGGCGGUCUUGCUGUUGCUGGGCUGUUACAGCGCGGCGCUGGUCUCUCUCUUGCUCUCCCUUCCCUCCGCGCAAAGUGGAUUACUUCCCAAGAAUGAUAGUCUCCAACCAAAAACAUUUGUCUAUUCUUCGAGCGAUGAAACAGUUGAAAACUUUUCAUGGGAUUACACAGACUCAGAAGCUGAAAAUGAAUUGGAUGUUGGAUCGGGAUCCAUAAAUCAAAGUAGGAUAAUUGGAGCAAUUCGGAAACAGUUGCCUAAACAUAUUUCCAGAGCUGCUGAGGAAUACCUGACUAGCCCAUGGCUAACCCUUUUUGUUCCUUCAGUCUAUACACUCGUAGUCGCACUGAGUCUUCCCCUGAACAUCAUGGCGAUUCUUAUGUUCCUGAUAAAAAUGAAGAUUAGAAAGCCAGCUAUUGUGUACAUGCUCAACCUGGCGUCUGCUGAUGUACUCUUUGUGAGUGUGCUACCUUUUAAAAUAUCCUACCAUUUUUCUGGAAACAACUGGGUAUUUGGACCAGAAAUGUGUCGUUUUGUCACCGCUGCCUUCUACUGCAACAUGUACUGUUCCAUACUGCUAAUGACGGCAAUAAGCAUUGACCGGUUCCUGGCAGUGGUGUAUCCAAUGCAGGCUCUGUCAUGGCGCACUCUAGGGCGUGCCUCUAUGGUGUGUUUUACUAUCUGGGUUGUAGCCAUAGCUGGGGUUAUACCUCUGCUUAUCACAGAACAAACAAAGAGAAUACAUCACUUGAACAUUACAACCUGUCAUGAUGUGUUGGAUGAACUCGAUCUUAAAGGGUAUUACUUAAUUUUUUUUACGGUUUUUUCUUCCCUUUUCUUUUUGGUGCCAUUCAUUAUUUCUUCUGUCUGCUAUGUGUGUAUCAUCCAAUGUCUGAGCUCUUCUGAUAUUGUUGCAAAGAAGAGCAAAAAGACCCGGGCUUUACUCUUGUCUGUAGCGGUUUUCUCCAUUUUUAUAAUAUGUUUUGGUCCCACAAAUGUUCUGUUAUUAAUUCAUUACAUACAUUUUUCUUACAAUGAAUUCUUGGAGAACAUCUAUUUUGCUUACCUCCUCUGUGUCUGUAUUAGCAGCAUAAGUUGCUGUAUCGAUCCUUUGAUUUAUUACUAUGCUUCAUCUGAAUGUCAGCGACAACUUAGCAGUUUGUUGUGUGGUAAAAAGAGUUCUGAACCCUGCAGUAGCAGCAUCAGUGGCCAGUCAAUGAUCAGGACCAAUCGAAGAGAUACAUGUACCAGUACACUUGGAAAUAGUGUCUACAGGAAGCUAUUGACAUGA